CGAGCACAAAAUGUCCGACAACCAGCCGGCCGGCAACAGCGAGGACGGACUCGGUUUCAGAAUCGAAGGCUUCGGCGUUGUGAUUCUUCCUUUCUCUCUUCUCGAGCACCUCCUACAUCUGACGCGUCCUGAGAUCGAAGCCCAGAACCGAUCCGACCACACCGUGAUUCACUCGGCGUUGUUGGGCUCCUCGGAGUUCCAUGACCUGGUCGAAGAUGGCACCAUCCCCGUGCACCCGCUGGAUCUCAUUUCUCUGUCUGAUGAGGAUGGUGAUGGGGGUGACGCUGACAACAAUGACAAUGGCGACGGCCAUAUCCCCGAUGAGGAGGUGGAGGAAGUGGGGGUAGACGACUGGGAUGAGAUGGAGGACGUGGAGGAGGUGGAGGAGGAGGAGGAGGAGGAGGAAGGUGAAGAAGAAGACGAAGUGAUGGAUGUGGCACGAGAUGAGUUGACCUGCGCCAAUGAGAUACCCACCUAUGCCAGUCCCGCCGAGGAAGUCCUAACUGCCGGCUGUACAGCUAUGGGAACGCCGUCUUCGUCAUCUGCAACACCAGUACUUGUCAUUCUCGGCGGUUCACCGCUCAACGGCAGACUUGCAAUCGAAUCUACAAUAAUUGCCGGCGGAGAUCCAAGGGUGGCUAUGUGA